AACAAGCUAAGAACCAACAAAUGAGAGAACAAGCUAAUAAUCAACAAAUGAGAGAGCAAGCUAAGAAUCAACAAAUGAGAGAACAAGCUAAUCAACGCACGACAGAACCGCUCAAUAAUCAACAGGCGAGAAAUUUGCCCGGUAAUCAAAAGUUGAAAAAACAGGUUAGUUACCAGCAGUUGAGAAAACCAGCUAGUUACCAGCAGUUGAAAAAACAAACUAGCAUUCAGCAGUUGAGCAAACUGUUUAGCAGUCAAGAGGUGGAAGAACAACUUAGUGAUCAAGACAUUAGAAGGCAACCUAGUGGUCAAGAAAUGAGAGAAAAACCAAGUAUUCAAGAGACAAUAGAACAACCUAAUAACGAACAAACACCUAAUAAUAAAAAGACCGAGUCAAAAAGUAGACCCAUAACAGGAAUAUUUAAAGUUAAUUCAUCGUAA